AUGGUCUUCGGGGAUGAUGAUGAUAUUGAUGAAGCUCUUGGAGGAUUCACCUACAGUCCCUUCAAAAUUAGGUCUGAAAAUGAGGAUGAGCCAUCUGCUACGAAAGAGCAACUCAAGUCCCUACAUGAAAAGAUAGGCCAACUACUUCUUGUUUCCAAAUCAUCAUCUUCUGAUUCUUAUUCUAAAGAAGCAGUUGAGUCGCUAUUUGAAUGUGUAACAAAAGAGCAUGCGGCCAAUGUAGAAAAGAUGAGUAAGGCUAUUGGUGAUUCUACUGAAGUUUGCAAGAUGAUGACCAAAAAAGUCGAUAAACUAAUUCUGAGACCACUUCGUUCAUGGAGAACAUUCAGACAACCAUCAACAACAAUACAAAGAAUGCCAAUAAGUCUCUGCAGAAUCUGGUUUCUCUCUUCAAAAAAGAGAAGGCUAAGUUACAAGAGAUUCGCACAGGUCUCCGGUUUGAUCACGAAGCAUUUCAAACUUCCAUCUCUUCUCAGAUUUCGAACCUUCAAAAAGAACUGGUAG